AGCUCGUGCUACUAAGUUUAAAUAUUGAGCUCAGUAAUAUUUAAAAAUAUAUUUUGGUAAAAUAACUAUAAAAGUUGAGAGGAACGCACAGCUUGAGCCAUGCCCCAGCGACCAAAGUUCAAGGUGCCCAAUUAUGGGAUGGGACGCAAAAGCUCGAAGGAUGACGAGAGCGCCGUAAAUGAUGAAAAGCAAUCGACUUCCACAAAAGCAAUGGCAACUGGAACACAAAAAGUGAACAGCAAAAAUGUAAUGAUCUGUAAGGCAACGGUGCCCAAGAGCAUUUGGCAAGGCCGAGUGAAGCGAGGCGGCCAGCAGCGUCUGCCGACCAUACCGGAAGUCAAGGAGGUGCCGAAGGAGUACAUCGAUAGAUGCAAUCAGACUGACAAGAGGAAACUUACACUUACUGAUGAAGAUCUGAAGCUACUUUUGCCGAUCAAUCGGUAUAUAGACUACAAGCUGCAUCAAUAUAACUUUCCGGAGCUGCUCAGCGAGCUGGCCAACAAUAUUCUUUCCAUCGAACACAUCAAUUUGCAACCUCAAUUCGCGAUUACGCUACCGGAGCCACGUUUCGCUUGGCGCAUCGAAGUCAAUUUGUCGUCCAAUCCCUCGGCCAUCUAUCUGAUACUUUCCGGCUUCCUCUGGAAGACCCCCUUAGACGACAAGCUGAGCACACCCCUCAUGCUCAAUGCAUACGAUCAGUCCAAUCGCACCAUGGCGGAAAAUUUUUAUGCCAGGUUAAGGCAACCUACACGGAAAGAACCUGUCCAGCGCUCAACUUGCUUUUUGUCCAAAAUUCCAACGUUCUGCAAAAGCACCCCGAACCGACUUAUGAAAAUUGUUUUAACCUAUUUCGUUGUGUUUUGUGUCAUUGGCUUUCUUUUCACGCUCUUCCUUUGA